CUCUGUUGCUGAGCAACCGAAGACACCCGGGCUGCGAUCAGAGAACAAGAAAUAUGCAGAAAAUAGGACAUCAGGCCAUGUGGACCUAAUUGUUGAGCCCAGGGGAAGCUGAGGAUACAGUAUGGGACAUUAUGGAUGAACUACAUCUAUCUUAUUCUGGAUUAUGGGCCAAAAAAUACCUCACAGACACUCUGAAGUGCCAGAUUAUGUGCUUAGACAAAGGAGACGAUGCAGGGGAAGUAUCUAGAACAGAAGACUCUGAACCUUUGCCAGCAACUUUAGAUCCGUGGGCUCAAGGAUGCUUGCCAGUCAUGCAAUCUGCCCAUAUGUCACCACAGGAGGAUGAGUAUGACUCUCAUCAAGUCCAAGUCAGGUCAAGUUGGCCUGUCAGUAACAGGCUGACAAGCAGUUUUUUGUUGACCAACGAAAAAGGAGGUGUCUCCUUAGGAAUCUCCAGUGGCAGACCAUCUCCCAUUGGUUGCACCCAACGACAGGAGGUUCAGACGGAUCAGAUCCAAGUUCAGACAGUUUCAAGUGAAAAAAAACCUUCUAAUGCCAGUUUGUUGUGUUUAACUAGUUCACUUCUCACUGAAAAACCAAAAACUACCAUGAAACAUGCCAGAGAAACACAACAUCAUCGGAUUAGUCAGUGCCCCCCACAAAAACUGGAUCAGAAGAAAAAGCAGGGUGCAAACCUGUUUCCCAAGGCUGAUGCAAACAAAUUACUACCACCAAUUCCCUACUCAAGUGAAAGAAAAGAUGUGGAAGCGAAGAGAAAGAGUACGGAGCAAACUGUUUUGAAACACAAAAAUGUGUCAGGAAAUUACCUCAAGGGGAGAAUAACACCUUCAAGGUUGGAUCAUUCAUGUUUGCCUCAAAAAUGGAUUUGCCCACAGUAUGAGAUUGUUGAGAACAUUCACACAAAACAGAAACCAAGCAGAGAAACCAGACAGGAAUCAAAAUUAAGUAAGCACUCAUACUGGACAACAGCAUCACUAAAGCCAUUAACCAGCUCCAGGAACCAAUUGGAAAAGAGUAACUUAGAAUAUGGCCAUUUGCCUAAACAUGAAAAGGAGCCAAACAUGACGAGCAACGUGGUAAGGAUAAACAAGACGGUUUUGGCCAAAGGUGCUUCUCUCAUCGAUUCUCAGAGUGUUGAAAUCAACCCUCAAACACGUAAGCGUCCAACAGAACCUACCAAGCUAAAGCCGAUCCAAAACCAUCCAGCUGUGCCUCUGCUUUCAGUUGAACAAGUUGCUAAAGUUUCACCUCAGGUAAACCCACUGUUUCAGUCCUAGAAUGUGACAUCUGCAAAUAAUAGGUGAUGAAAUGAUAUAUUUGUCAUUGGAGAUGAUGAAGCUAUAAAAUAAAAAUAUAUAAUCAUCACAACUUGA